CCUUUUGGUGUUGGCAGUUUCAUGUUCUUCUACCUUGUCUUCUUUAUUGUUUCUAUUUUGAAAUAUUUGUUGUGUGAUGAUAACGAUCCCUGCAAUAAAUAUAUACAUGUGUUUUCAGAUUAUGCAAUCUUGAAUCAUGACUUUCAUUUUUAUACAACAUUAUGUUAUGUUGAAUUAUUAUAAUCAUCUUUCAUUUAUGGGUCUUGUGGUUCUAUUUAUUGAGUUAUAAUAUUUGUUGGGAUCAUACAGAAAAUUGUGUUUGAUCUGAUAGAAGUGUGAAGAUGGGUGUUAUAAGCACCAUCUUGGGGGCUUUCGGUUUCGGAUUUGGAAUUGCACUUGGACUAGUGAUUGGUUAUUUUCUCUUCAUCUUCAUCCAAACAUCUGAUGUUGAGACUCCUGAAAUUCGCCCGUUGGUUGAACAAGAUGAGCCUACCCUGCAACGAAUGUUCCCGGAGAUACCAAUUUGGGUGAAAAAUCCUGACCAUGAUCGCGUUGAUUGGCUUAACAAGUUUAUUGAACUAAUGUGGCCAUACUUAGAUAAGGCAAUUUGUAAAACCGUACUCGCGACAACUGAACCUAUGAUCAAAGAACAGACUCCUCAAUACAAAAUUGAUGAAGUUGAAUUCGAUUCACUUACAUUAGGCAGCCUACCACCUACUUUUCAAGGAAUGAAAGUGUAUACUACCGAUGAAAAGGAGAUAAUUAUGGAACCGUCGUUCAAAUGGGCAGCAAAUCCUAACAUUCUUGUCGGUAUUAAGGCGUUCGGAUUGAGACCGACUGUUCAAGUGGUUGAUUUGCAAGUGUUUGCUUCUCCAAGGAUCACUCUAAAGCCACUAGUUCCAACCUUCCCUUGUUUUUGUAAAAUUCUAGUUUCUCUCAUGGAGAAGCCUCAUGUUGAUUUUGGAGUAAAGUUAGGCGGCGCGGAUCUUAUGUCGAUUCCUGGGUUGUAUGGCUUUGUGCAGGAGACCAUUAAAGAUCAGGUUGCAAGUAUGUAUUUAUGGCCUAAAGUACUUGAGGUACCAGUAUUGGAUCCUGCAAAAGCUAUGAAACGGCCCGUUGGAAUGUUGAAUGUGAAAGUGAUAAAGGCAAUGAAGCUAAAAAAGAAAGACCUUUUGGGUGCUUCUGAUCCUUAUGCUAAAUUAAGACUAACCGACGACAAGCUUCCAUCCAAGAAAACAACUGUAAAACACAAGAACUUGAAUCCGGAAUGGAAUGAAGAAUUUAAUUUAGUUGUGAAAGAUCCUGAAGUUCAAGCUCUAGAAAUAGAGGUUUUCGACUGGGAAUCGGUAGGAAAACAUGAUAAAAUGGGGAUAAAUUUAGUGCCAUUGAAAGAUCUUACUCCGGAAGAACCAAAGACUCUAACUAUUGAUCUCUUGAAGAACAUGGACCCGAACGAUACACACAACGAGAAGUCACGUGGCCAAAUUGUGGUUGCAUUGGUGUAUAAACCGUUUGGAGAAGAAAACAUGCCAACUGAUAUUGAAGAGGUAAGUGCAACACAAAAGGCUCCUGCGGGAACUCCUGCAGGCGGAGGCUUGCUUGUUGUUAUAAUCCAUGAAGGUGAAGAUCUAGAAGGAAAACAUCACACGAAUCCAUCCGUUCGUAUGCUUUUCCACGGGGAAGAAAAAAGAACCAAGCCGAUGAAGAAGAACCGCGAUCCAAGAUGGGAAGAAGAGUUUACAUUUACAUUAGAAGAGCCACCAACAAACGAGAAAAUCCAUUUGGAAGUUGUUAGUACUUCCAAAAGGAUGGGACUAAUUCAUCCUAAGGAAUCUUUGGGUUAUAUUGAUAUAAACCUGGCGGAUGUCGUGGAGAAUAAACGGAUCAACGAGAAAUACCACCUUAUCGAUUCAAAGAAUGGUAAGCUUCAAGUGGAGAUGCAAUGGAGAGCUUCCGGCUAGAUUUGAACUCAUGGUUGCCAAAUUGUUGCAUUCAUCGAUGGAGUUUAAUUAAUAAUAUUUACAACAGGAAACUGAAAUCUUCAACAAAACAAAUGAUUAUAUUGUUAGUCCAUCCUAAACAACAAAUAGUAGGGUUUAUAAUGGGAGAUACUGUUAGAAGCUUUUAAAUGUUGGAUUCCAAGUAUGUGUAAUGACUAAUGACUAUGGGUGUGAACAAGUCAAGCGGCUCGUGAGCUACUCAAGAUCGGCUUGCGAAAAACUUGAAUCGAGCCGAGCUUUUGUUGUGACUUUUCGCAAUAGAGUGUUUGCGUGUUGAUUCGUUGGUUAUGCGACUUUUUCUAAACCAAA